AUGGUGUCACGUUUAGUGGCCAUAGAUUAUCAGCAACGAUUUUCAACACAAGCAUUCAUAGCCCGAGACACAAAAAGUGAGCCAGAUCUCAUAGUGGUGGCAUUCAGAGGAACAGACCCAUUUGAUGCAGACGGGUGGAGCACAGACGUGGACAUCUCGUGGUUUGAGAUAGAGAAUGUGGGUAAGAUCCAUGCUGGGUUUAUGAAAGCUCUCGGCUUACAAAAAGACCGUGGAUGGCCCAAGGAGAUUCAACGACCCACAAACUCACCUCCGUUUGCUUACUAUUCAAUCAGGCAGAUCUUGAAACGAAUAUUGCAGGAUAAUGACAAGGCCAAGUUUAUAGUCACAGGGCAUAGCUUGGGUGGGUCACUGGCAAUCUUGUUUGUGGCAGUGUUAAUGUUACACGAGGAGGAAUGGUUGCUGGAGAGACUAGAUGGGGUUUACACGUUUGGGCAGCCAAGGGUUGGGGACAAAAAAUUUGGAGAGUUCAUGGAGGAGAAGUUGAGAAAGUACAGUGUGAGAUAUUGCAGGUGUGUGUAUUGUAAUGAUAUAGUGCCGAGAUUACCUUAUGAUGACAAAACCCUGUUUUUCAAGCAUUUUGGGCCUUCCCUCUUUGUUGAUAGUUUCUAUAAUUGCAAGGUGACAUGGCAGGAAGAAAACAAGAACUACUUUUCUUUGUUAUGGGCCAUACCCAAGAGGGUAAACGCAGUUUGGGAGCUCAUAAGGAGCUUCAUCCUUCCGAUUGCUAAGGGUCCAGAUUAUAAGGAAACUUGGUUUUUGAGAGUGAUAAGGGUAAUUGGAUUAGUAACCCCAGGAUUAGCAAAUCAUUGUGCCCAAGAUUAUGUGAAUGCUACCCGCUUAGGGUCUUUCUAA